GAGCAAAGGUGGGCAAACGUUUAGCAACAACACGUGCCACGAACUUUAAUGCGGUUAUAUCGAAAAUAAGGACGCGAUCACAAUGGCACAAUGUGUGUAACUCGUAACUCGCUCUGCGUUAUAGCCGCGGCAACGUGAAUUACAGAAUUAAGCCCCAGACGGUGGUUCGGAGCACGCGUUCCCUUCACAAUUUACUGCAUCUUCCUCAUUAGGCGACGAUCGCUUUGCCACACAGUAGCAACGCAACUUUCCAGCGCACGGCGAUAGUUAAAUGUUACGAAUUAAUGUUUAAAGUUGUAAGAGAAAUGACUAAAAGUCUGCGUCCGGACCCCGACCCGCGCGGGUCUUUUCAUCGUUGCCUAGUUUUUAUCCGGGAAGCCUAGGCUAGGCCCCCGGCGGGAAUAUCGUCCCCGUGUACACGGGGCGCGCCUCGCCCAUCCCCCGCCCACAGUCCUUGGACCGGCCACCCUCCGUAGCUAACGAUUAGAUGGGGUGCUGCGAGUCCGUCUGCGUGAAGCUAACACCCUUUAGUAGAAGGGCAGAAAAGAAAAGCAAUAUUUGACCGCCGCGGACCUAUACGCUCGGCCUAGUUUUCCUGCGGGAGGCCUGGGAUAGGCCCCCGGCGGGAGCCUGGUCCGCGGGCCGGGGUCGUGGGUCGCCCAUCCCCCGCGCCCCGUGUGUCGUUUAACGCGGCGUCUUCUGCAUUGGCGAGCGCGAGAGGCGGCCGGGCCGGGGACCCCGUGGCCGUGCCGCCUUCGACGACUUCGCCGACUUUGCCGCCUUUGCCGACUUUGCCGACUUUGCCGCCGCCGCUGGGUGAGAUGUCCGAUGGCGUCCGCUCCGCGCUGGGAGACGCGCCUGCCCCCCGGCGCUCGCCAUGAGGCGGCGUGCGAGUGGCUCGCGACAGCCACGCGCCCAGGCGGCGAGCGACGGCCACGCGGCCACGACGGUCGCCGCGAUCAGCGCCGCCGGGAACACCGCCGCCAGCGCCAGCGUCAUUGCCAGCGCCAGCGCCGCCACCGCGGGCACGACAACGGCGCUGCUGCUGCUGCGACGCGCCUCCCUCGGCGAGCAGGCCCGGCACGAGCGAGCCAUGGCCGCCGGCUCUGAGCCCGAGUCCGUCGAAGCGAGCCCCGUGGUGGACAAGUCCGGCACCCUCCCGCAGCACUCGCACAGCAGCUCCGGGACGACCCCGCACGCCGGCGCCGGCUCGCUGCACGCCGGCGCCGGCUCUCUGCACGCGGGCGCCGGCACGCAGCACCCGCACUUCGGCACCGGCGCGCUGCACCCGCCGGGCGUAGCGCAGCUCGCCCACCCUGGCCCCGGCGCGCUGCACCCGCUCGGCAGUUCGCAGCACGUGCAGCAGGCGCAGCACGCCGGCGGCGCUGGCCCGCAGCACGCGCAACAGGCGCAGCACGUGCACGCCGGCGCGCUGCACGUGCAACAUUCGCAGGCCGCUGCGCAAUACACGCAGCACGCCGCGGCGCAGGUGCAGCAUGCGCAGCUGGUGCAGCACGUGCCGCAAAUGCAGCUGGUGCAGCACCCGCACGCCGGCGCGGGGGCACAGCACUUGUUCGUCAGCGGCGUGUCGGCUGUGCUGAAGCACAGUGGCCCCGUGCAGCAGCAGCAGCAGCAGCACGCUGUCGUGCGGGGACAGCAGCAGCAGCAGCAGCAGCACGCCGGCAUGAGUGUCGGGGCAGCGCAGCACGGAUACCUCGGCCUCCCCUACACGGACCACAACUACGGGGCCCCCCCGCCGCCCACGCCCCCGGCCUCCCCUCCGCCGCUGCACCCCCUGAAGGGAGGGGGCCGCCUGCCCGCCUGCGCCCCCCGCUGCGCCGUCUCCUCUCCCCACCAGCAGCAGCAGCAGCAGCCGCCGCACGGAGCGCAGGCGGUGUACGGUCACGCGCGCGCGCCGCUGGCGCCCGGCGCGUGGGCCGCGACAGUGCAGGGAAGCGGCGGCUACUCGUUCUCCAGCCCCACCACACUGCAGAGGAGGCAGCGCCAGCAGCAGCAGCAGCAGCAGCCGGGCGUGGGCGGCAGGCGAGCGUCGCUGGGAGGGUCGUGGAGCCAGAGUGACGCUGGGGUGUUGCGGCAGAGGAGGCAGCCUGCCAACAGGAAGGGCUUCUCUCCCGACGGGACGGGGGAGCAGCGCGCGUGCCGUCUGGGCCCACGGCCGCCCCUCCCCACCUCCCCUCCAAGCGGCGGCGGCGGCGCCAGGAGCCGCGACUCCUCCGAGCAGCAGGCGCAGGCCGGCUCCACGGCGGCGCCGCCGCCGGAGGAGGACGAGGAGGAUGAGGAGGACGACGACGAGGAGGAAGAGGAGGCGGAGGAGGACGAGGAGGACGAGGAGGAGGAGGAAGAGGAGGAGGAGGAGCUGCCCGCGUGCAUGACGGUGUCCUACACGGCAGUCCAGCAGUCCCCCACGACGCUCACGCUCAUGGCGAAUCGCGCCGUUCCUGCUGCGGGCGGCGCGGCGGGGCCAGCGGGGGCGGCGGCGGGGGCGGCCGUGUCGGCGGCGGCGGCACGAGGCCCCGCGCGCCCGCGCUCGCUGUCUCAGGAGCGCGGGCGCGCGGCGGGGAGGGCGGCGGCCGGCGACGGCGGCGACGGCGCUGACGGCGGCGACGGCGCUGGCAAGGCGUUCUCGCCGAUGACGGCGGCGGCCGCCGUGAAGCGCAAGCGGAGCGCGGUCGGCAGGCAGCGCCGGCCGGCGGCGCGGGCCAAGAAGCCAUUAAGAGAAGGUCUACGCAAGUCUGCAAGAAUAAAGAGCGUCGCAGGCGAGACCUCUCCGGGCGGAGACCUCCCCACGACUCCCACGGACGCUUUGGCCUCCUCCUCCUCCGCCUCCUCUUCGUCCUCCUCCACCGCCGGCACCGGCGGGUGCGACGACGACUCGGGCGCUGACUGGCGGAACCGCGUGCGCUCGUGGGCCGAGAACUACGAGGAGGCGCUGGCGAACCGCUACAGCGCCGACCUGCGCUCGGCUCUGCUGCUGCGGCGCCGCCAGGGCUCCCCCGUGGACGGCGGCGACGCCGGCACCGGCGGCGGGCGCCGGGCGUCGAUCGGCGGGGAGGGGACCGAGCCGGGCGGCGUCCCCGCGGAACACGGGGCGGUCGCGGUCACCGUCAGGAGGUGGAGCGAACGAACUCCGGGAGUGAAGGACGGUGGAGGGGAUGCUGCUGCUGAUGAUGCUGGUGAAGCCGGCGAUGGUGGGGAUGACGGUGGUGGUGGUGGUGGUGGCGGCGGUGACGGUGAAGAGGACCCUGACGGCUGUGCGGGGCAUGUGGAGGGGUUCAAUGGGGAGGUGGAGAAGCGCGAAGUUGACUCGGACUGCGUGCUCGUCUCUCUCAAGCGACAGUGCGCGUUGUCUCGAGGCCGCGCGGUCCCAGACUCGCUCUACUUGGGCCGCGUGGUCACGGCCGCCCGGCCGCUGCCCCCGCACUCCCUCGUCAUCGAGUACCGCGGCGUCGUCAUGCUCAGCACGCAGUUCGAGGCCAACGGACACUUCUUCAAGAGGCCGUACCCCUUCGUGCUCUUCUACUCCAAGUGCGACGGCGUGGACGUGUGUGUGGACGCGAGGACCUUCGGCAACGCCGCGCGAUUCAUCCGCCGCUCGUGCACGCCCAACGCCGAGGUGCGGCACAUAGUGGAGAAGGGCGUCAUCCGGUUGUGCAUCUACUCGGUGGCGCUCAUCGGCAAGGGCUCGGAGAUCACCAUCCCCUUCGACUUUGACUACGGUGGCUGCGCGUAUCGCGUGGAAUGUGCGUGCGCGCGCCGGGAGACCGAGUGCCCCGUGCAGCGUCGCAACAACGAGGUGCUGCAGAAGUCUCGGCACGGAUACGACACGCGGCGCCGUGGCUGCCGGUCGCGGGAGGAGGCGGAGAGAAGCGGAGACUCGGGGCAUGCGGCCUCCACGGAGAGACCCGUGUCUCCGAUACGACUCUCGCUGUCAGGAAUACAGUGCCGCGAGGAGCGCCGGCUGGAGGCCGCCUGCGCGCGCGCCGACCGCAGGGAGCGCAGGCGAAGCGACGCCACCGGCGCCGCGCUGGCGGACGCGGCGAGCCGCGGCGGCGGCAGCGGCAGCGAGCGAAAGGAUCGCGUCAAGGCAGAGGGGCUGGGGGUCGCGGGGUCACUGAGGGAGCCCGGCGGGGAGGGGGGGCCCCCCAGGCCCGGGGGUUCGCCUGACGUCAAGCGGGAAACCGGCACCCCCCCAGAGGCCCGCGCGACGCCCUCCAAGGAGGCGACGACCCCCUCGCGCCCCUCCCAGCCGCGCUCCUCACGCUGCCGCCCCCGCCGUUGCUUUGGGCGCUCGCGCCGGAAGCCCCGGGCGUCCGACUCCUCCGGCGGGGCCGGGCCCGGCUCCGCCUGCUCCGCCGCCGCCGCCGCCGCCUCGUCAUCAUCGUCCUCCUCGUCGUCGGCGGCGGCGACCUCGGGCGUCGUGCCGUCGCUCCUGCCGCGGGCGCCGACGCCGCAGUGCGCGUCGGCGCCGUCGGACGCGGCGGUGGCCUCGGCGGCGUCCUCGGCCACGGUCGCGGCCGAGGCGCCGCCGGGAGCCGGGGCGGGGGGAGCGCCGGCCGAGGGAGCGGCGCCAGGGCCGGACGGGAUGUGCGGAGACGGAGCAUGGGCGGUGGGGGACGGGGGCUCCGGGUACGACGGCUCCAUCGACGGCGGCAGCAGGGAGGGCGUGGGCUCCGUGUCGUCUCCCGCGCCGUCCGACGCCUCCCUGGCCGCCUCCUCCGCCGGCGGUGGCGGCGCCGUGCCGGGCGGCGCCGGCGGCGGCUGCGUGAGCCCCGUGCGCGUGUCGGACGACCCCAGCUCGCUGGCGCACGUUCUCAACCUCCUGCUGGGCCUGGGCCCCGCGCUGCAGGUGUGCACCGCGCCCAAGCACUACGUGCGCUUCACCUCGCCCUUCCUGCCCGAGAAGCGGCGCGGCGGAUCCGGCGCGGGAGCCGCCGGCGCGGGGCCCGGCGGCGCGGCCGGGGGCCGAAGGCCGCGAGGCUGGCGCAAGACGCAGCAGCAGCACCACCAGCAGCACCAGCAGCACCAGCCGGCGGACGCGCUGUCGGCGCCCUGCAAGAAGCGGUGGCUGCGGCAGGCGUUGGCCGAAGCCCAGGACGCGGCGCAGGAGGGAGGUUUCACUCCCGCUGCCGCGGCGGCGACUGCGCCGGCCGUGGACGUUGGCGCCGACGCUCUGCAGCUGCAGCGGCCGUCGCAGGGCAGCCCCUCGGCCAGCGAGACGGGCGACAGCCUGAGCUGCGUGUCCCCCUCGCUCAGCCUCGCCUCCUCCAGCGACUUGCCGGCGCCCCCUAAGAAGCGUUGCGUGCGCACCAACUCUCCGCACGCGCCGGAGCCCACGGCUUCCUCCGCCGCCGCCGCCGCCGCCUCCUCGAGCUGGGAUCCCGGCACAGACGGCGCCGUCCCUGACGGAGCCACCGCCGCCAUCGCGGUGACGCCGCCGCCGCCGCCGCAACGCCCGGCCGAACCACCGCCCCCUGGCGACCCCUCCGGCGCGGCGGCGCACUGGGACGACUGCGUGGUGGUGGGCGUCCAACAGCCGCAGCAGCAGCGGCAGCGGCAGGAGCAGCAGCGGCAGGAGCAGCAGGAGCGGGAGAGGGCCGAGGACGUGGACCGUGCGGACGAGCGGCGGCGGAGCGGCGACGCCGAUCCGGACAGCGGCGGCGCGCUGCCAAAGUCCGGAGCGGACUCGGCGGUGGAUGAUCGGGCGCUGGAUUUGGACGGCGGCUGCCUGCCGUUCCGGCCCGUCUUCUCUCCCAUCAGCCCCGAGGGCCCGUCCUACCCGCCGCCGCCCGUCUUCGAGAACAUCUCGUCGCCCGAGUGCUCCCAGGACAACACGGGCCUCAGCUUCUACUCGCUGGAGGCCUCCUUCCUGUCGCUGGGCCCCGAGGAGCCGCGUCUCGCCGUGCCCGAGCGCCCGGGCCUUCCGUUCUUCACGGGGGCGACCGGCGCCGGUGGCGGCAGCGGCGGCGGUGCCGGACACCGCGGCCUGGAUGCCAACCUCCCCGGCAGGGCCUUCUCGCAGUUCCCGUGCCAGGGAAACAGCGGCGGCGACGAUGACGACGGCGACGUGGCCGACGUGGAGGAGGUGGGCGACCGCUUGCAGCAGCCCCAGCAGAUGUUCUUCUACCACCAUGCCCAGCAGCAGCAGCUCACAGAUCAGCAUCACCAACAUCAUCAGCAGCAGCUGUUAGAUCAGCAUCCUCAUCAACAGCAGCAACAACAGUUGAUAGAGCAUCAUCACCAGCAGCAGCAGCAGCUUAUGGAGCAGCAUCACCAUCACCAGCGCCACCUUCCCCAGCAGCAGCAGCAGCUCGGCUCGAGCGAGCGACCUCAGGGCCGCUCCACUGGCGACGAGGAUGAAGACGACGAGGAGGAGGAGGAUGAAGAGGACGACGAUGACGACGACGACGACGAUGACGACGAUGACGAGGAGGAGGAGGACGAUGAGAUGGAGCUGCGGCGCUUGGCUGCGCGGGACCGCGUGCUGCUCGCCGGGGACGCGGAGCGGCCGGGGUCGGAACGGCCGGGCGGCGCGGACGGAGCCUUGUGGGAGAUGGGGUCGGGAUCGGCGCCGGCGCUGCUGGCGUUGGGACGACGCCCGGGCUCGGCAUCCGCGCUGCUGCUGCACGCGCCGCUUCCUCGCCGGAAGAAGGUGUCGCUGCUCGAGUACAGGAAGAGGAAGAAGCAGGGCGGCGGGGAGCUGCGCGCUCGCUCGGAGCUCCCAGUGCCACCCUCCUCCCACGUGGCCGCCUGGACCCCUGCGGAGCGUCGGGACCCCGGUUUCGUGGAGCGCUUAACGAGGACGGCACUCCCGACGAAAAAUCACGACAAAGAGAGAGCAGGGGCCGAGGAAGCGAGUGGAGAGAUGAGGCAGACGUCGUCCUUCGGCCAGCAGAGCUCCAAAGCGCUGGGUUUGAGAUCCCGGCCGUCUGCUCGGGGCGGCGGGGGUGACGGCGUCCGCGUCAUCGAGCAGACCACGACGCCUCCUCCUCCCCCGCCUCCUCCUCCCCCGUCGCGGUCGGCAGCCACGCACGGCUCCCACCCCCACGCCGGCCCCACCGGCCCCACCGGCGCCGGCCCGGCCUCGCUUGCGCCUCCGGAUCUCCCGCCGGGCCUGCCCGCCAACUCGUCGAGCCUGGCGACGCUGCUGCACGGCGCCUACCCCCUGGCCUCCGUCGCUCGCCCUCCCGCCGUCGCCGCCUCCAUCGCGUCGCCGGCGCCGCAGCAGCAGCAGCAGCAGUUGCAGCAGCUGCAGCAGCAGCAGCAGUUGCAGCAGCUGCAGCAGCAGCAGCAGCAGCAGGGCCAGCGCAGCCUCACGACGAUAACGCCGGGAGCUCUGCACGGCUUCGGCAUGCACAGCCUCCUCCCUGCGCGGGGCGGCGCCGCUCCCCCGCAGCAGCAGCACGGCCACAUGGGCGGCUCCUCGCACUUUGUGCACGGGCAGAGCGCGAUGCUGGCCAUGGUUCACAAGCACCAGCAGCAGCAGCAGCAACAGCAGCAACAGCAGCAACAGCAGCAGGUGGCGCCCUCCACCACCACCGCCGCCACUGCCGCCCUGCAAGCUCACGGUGGCACCGUGGCCCCCGCGACGAUCGCGGCCGGGGAGCUCAGCCCCCCGCCGCACGGCGCGGCGAGGCUCGGCUUUGGACCGGCGCUGCCGCACGGUUACGCGGUGGCGGCGGCGGUGCAGCAGCAGCAGCAGCAGGCGCAGCGCCUCAAGGAGGGAGCGGUUGCUGCGGCUGCGGCGGCGGCAGCGCCCAGGAUUUUGUCGGUGGAGCGAGAGACGAACGCUGCGAUGAACCAGCAGCCGUCUGUGCUGCUGUCGGCCAGCAAGACGGGCAGCCUCAGCCUGCACUACCAACAUCAACAACAUCAUCAGCAGCAGCAGCAGUCGCAUCAACAGGCACUGUCUCAACAUCAGCAGCAACAGCAGCUGCAGCAGUUGCAGCAGCAAACACGAAUACAACAGCUGCAACAGGCUCGCCCGCAGAGUCAAGUGAUGAGUCAGCAAAAGCUUCAGCUUCACCAUCACCAUUAUCAUCAGCAACAGCAGCAGCAGACGCAGCAGCAGCAGCAACAGCAGCAGGCGCAGCAUGUUUAUCAGCAACCGCAGCAGGGGGCGGCUGCAGGCGUUGCGCCCGUCUCUCCAAACUCUCCCGUGGGAGCGGCGAGCACGGGCAAGACGCAGCCCCCGCUGGCGUUCCAGCUGCUGCAGCACCACCACCACCUUCAGCAGCAGCAGCAGCAGCGCGCAGCUAGCGGCGUGGACCGGGCGGCGAUGGCGCAGCGCGCGGCGUUCCGGCAGGCGAGCGGGGACGGCCUGGCGCUGCCGCCGCCGCCGCCACCCGCCCUGUGACGGUCCCGCGCCGACGGCGCUCCGUCAAGUCCGGCGCCGGGAGACAAUUUACCCUCCGCUCCUCGGGCCUGAAGAUGCGGGGGGAGGAACUUGGCGGAGGACGGAGUCCGCCCACGGCGCGGCCCGCCUGGCCCUCUCGGUUGAAGUUGUCGCUGCGAAGGACUCCUCUCCUCUCGUCCGUCCGUGUGGCGUGCGGCGCGCCUCUGGGGGAGAAUUGGGGGGUGGGGGGGGGGGGUGGGCUGGGGAGGGCAGUUUACCGAACCGCGACGAGGGUCGUGGCAAAGAUGUGUUUUGUUUUUUUCAUCGUCGGCUUCUGUGCCUGCCUCGGGCGCGGCCCCAAAUGUGACUUGAACGUAGACGGCGCCACGGGAGCCGUGCGUAGACGCGUGUCGGCUGCACCGCAACCGCUGUCGCCGUGAGCACGCGCGCCCCGCCCCGCCGUGGGCGAGGUUGUCGCGAGGUUGUCGCUGUCCGCGCCGUCGUCGGGACCGCCACUCCUCGCCCGACCUCGGCUGCACGGUUCUCGCGGCUGCCGCCGGCCCGGCCGGAACGAGGCCGCCGGGCGAGGUCGUCGCUCGCGUGACCCCGCGGGGCGACGUCGUGCGGACUCGGCGGCGAGGCCCUCUCGAACCGGCAGCACCUUAUCCUUCGGGCGGAUUUUAAACGAGACUAACGAAUGAGAAUUGUGGUAAACAAACAAACCGGCAGACGGUGUGGAUAUCGUGUAGCAAACCGUUACGGGAAGUUAAUUUAAAAAGUUAAGAUAGGAAGGAGUUCACAUCUCGUGGGGUAGGGAGGCAGAAUUGUCUUAUCACCUCUCGGGGUGAUUAAAAUAAACCGCCGCUGCGGUUAAACCGGAGCAGUGGUGGAGUUCCCACCACUGCUUUCUGGCCACCAGCGGGGCAUGAGCGCCGGUCGACCCUCGUUCGCUCGUGCGGGGAGGUGCCGGCGUGCGGUUUCACUCUCCACGAGGAUCGGUUCCUAAUGUUUCAUAAACAACCCCUCCCCGCUCCACCGCGGCGGUCCACGCUGCCUGGAACGUUACCCGACACGACCGUUGAGUUACGAGGGCGGUGUUCGAUGUACAUUGUUUUUUAAUUUGUCAGUUGUAUGACUUUUGUAUAAUGUGCUGUACAAGUAACGGAGGAAGAGAGACAAAAAAAAACACUUCUCUGUACAACGCCUCGGAGCCAGCAGGGCCCACGGCCCGUCAAUCGCCCCUCUUGCCCGGCGCCGGACGACGGCUCGUGCGGCAAUCUGCGAGCCGUAGACGUAGAGGCCCUCGCUGUGCACAGCUGUGUCUGGGCUCAGUCUGGAAUAAACCACCGCUCUUUUACCAUGACACCGUUUUUCAUUCCGCUGCAUUUGUUCGCAACUCUGCCGAGGCCACGGGCCGAGCGCACGGGGCUGGCAGAGCGCAGCACGCGGCCACGGCCUUCUGCCAGCGGCGCGCUCGUAACCCGGCGGCGCCGGUGCGGUUAUUGCCGGCGUGCGACGCGAGCCUUGACCCCCGCUGCACGCCGCGCGCCUCGCCCCCCCCCACCCUACCCCUCUGCUCCCCCCCGGGCUGCUCGCACGCCACGUUUACAUCCGCCGUGCUGCUCUCCCCGUGUCCAUCGGAGACGACGUGAGGACGGCGACGCCAAAUCGCCGAGCAGCAACAACGGGAACGACGGCAGCACGACGGCGGCACGACGACCGCGAUGGCGACGAACGACGAGCGGGAACUUGCACAUUUUGGCCUUCAGCGUCGUUUAUUUUUUCAUUGCGGACGUCUCCGAAGCUGGCGCGGACAUUUUGGGCUCUCGUUCACGGGACUGCUUCGAAAACCGUGGAGCCAGAACUUCGCCUGCUGAACCGAACACGCCGCCGUGAAAACAUUUUAGGGUGAUGAAAAGAAACCACACACAACGCAAAACACGUCCAGGGCCAGGAGCGCCCUGGAGGAUUAUCUUUUUUUCUGGUCAGAAAAACUUUUAUCGUAAAUCUCUGUGCGCUAGGGUCCUUGUCUGUGUUGAUGUUGAGAGCCGUGUCCAUCUGCUUGCCUGCGAGUGGAAGCCAGCAGCAGCAGAAGCAGCCGCGUCGGUUGCUUCAAUAGGUCAUUUGCAAACACAAGUCGGGUGACGUGUAAGUUGGCCUCCUGGGGAAGAGCAGCGUUUGGCCACCGUGAGGUCGUGUGAGCGCUGCGGGGGAGGUGAGGGGCUCUGUCUGCGAGCGUGGCGGAGCGAACCGGCGCGCGUUCAACAGGUUAUGGAUUUUAAUUGAAAAUAUUAAAAAUUCACCCGGACAUUUUUAAACGUUUUAUCUGUAUCGAUAUUUUUUCUAAUUUCUAAAACGUUUGGCUCUUGUCCGGCACGGGAAAAUUGGCUCGCGCGCAAAUCCUCGGUGCGUGCACAUAAGCCGAUUAUUUAUAUUUUUUUUAACCGUCGACCUAAAUUAAAGCAUGUGACGUUGCCACAAAUUGACGAAUGUGACGGAGGGCACGCGUGACGCUGGGCUCUUUUGCGGUCACCUUGGAUGAGCCGGCCGUGCGAAAUCUCCCGAGCGUUGGUGUCUCUGCAUCGUCUCGCUGCCUUCCUCCUCCGUCCAUCCCAUCCCCAUUGGUCACGAGGCUGGGCGCACGGAUCGAGGCUGGGCGUGUGGCUGGCUCGCGGCUAAUGAAUCAUCCUUUUUGCAGAAAUCCCACGGGCAAAUCACAAUUCGCUCGUUUUUUUUGGUUGAAGCAGCCGAGGCUCUCGAUCGGGAUGAGUCUUAGUUUUACAAAAGUGGCCUGCGGCAUCAGUCUACUGCCAGUAGGGGGCCGUGAUUGCUGCUGUGGAUACUCCCCAUUGAGUCAUCUGCGGUGUCAUUUUCUAAGUUUGCACAUUUGAACCCUGACGGCGGCACGUUCUGGCACACGACGGCACCUACUCUUGCGAAUGACGUCGAGGCAUCUUCAACGUCCGCUGCGAAGCCGCCUGCGCAUAUCGUGGUUAUCGGGCGCGCAGUACUAACCAGGGGGUGGCCGCUGGAUUCGAACCGUGAGCCUCUGCAACGAGCUGCCAACGCGCUGCCACGGCUCUGGCUCGUGACGCUGGGAAACUACCCUGAGAGACGAUGCCUCGGAACCGCCCUCGGUCUGGUGCAGGGCCAACGCCGCCGCACGGCGCGUUCGCCUGCGCCCUGCAGAGCGCGCGUGUCGCCGUGCGUCCGUGUCAUUUGUAGCGAUGUCAUCGGCUAGAUGAGACUAAAAUUGAUAAGCGGGGGGUGCCCGUGAAGGUAUCAUUAAUUUUGAUUUGAAGCUUUCGUGACUGCAGGAAUCAACUCUUUGGUUCUUUCGGUAAAGUCACAUGGGUAGAAAUUAAUAGAUCACAACGUUUCGAUCGCAACAUGAGCGACCGUUUUCUGGUGAGAGAGAUCUCCUGAAACGAGGUCUUGUGUAGGCCUGAGAUGGGUGCAGCUUCAGCGUGAGAGGGCGGGGCUAGAGAUGGUCUGCCUGAGGCUGUGGAAGUGGCUAUUGUAGUGCUACGUGACUUGACCCAACGAAACCAAAGAGUAUCAUUAAUUGUUGAAGACGAAUAGACGGUUUGAGCUCGGUUAACAAUAACAAUGAUUUACCCAAGAGAGUCCUGCAUUGCGAUGUUUGGCCAAUACCAGUUCCAUUGUAUGGGGUUUUUUUUAGCUAUGGGAGGAUUUGUGAACCUGGAGCCAACAGGGGGUAGAACAUACAAACUCACACUGAGAGGCGACCCAAGUCGGUAAUCAAACCAGGCUCUUAUUUCUGUGGUGCGCAAGUCUUUCCACCGCGUCUCGCACGCGCGCACACAGGAGUGUGUAUUCGACCGUGCAGUUCACACGGCUGCCUAAUUCUGGUUCUUGGUCAACGGAUGAUACCUACAUGGUCGGCUCCCCGCGUUGUACACGAGGCCUCUGUGUGGUCAUUUAGGGGCCGGCUCGCUGUGCACGUGAACCCGGUGGGAUGGCGGGCGACUGAAACCUGGGUCUGAGCCCUGGUUUUCGGCGGUACCAUUAAGAGUGCCCUCAUCCGGCCAUGCAAUGAGAAGACCGGUCACACCGAAUGACGCGUGGGAUUUUACUUUAAAAAAAUAAAGCCGAAGAAAUAGCAGUGUUUACUUUUAUCAAUAGGGGCACACUAGAAGAUGAAUCUGGUCACGGGACAAACAACGCAAAACCCAAAAAGAGAAAAAAAUUACUUCCACCAGAAAUUUCCCUGGGGAUGAAAUUUGUUCAGAACUGUGGAACUCUCCGUGCGGGUUGGCACGCGGGGUUUGUCACCCAGAGGCGCGUUCGAUGCCACGCUCUGCCAGCGGCGGCGGCGGUCUCCGUCACGCGGAGACGCGGAAGGCCCAGCGGAGCGCUAAUGCUCUCCUAGUCGAUCCCCUGGACCGCGACUCGCUUUGCAUCGGCGCGACUGGACGUGGGCGGGGUGGGGGGGUGAGGCCCGGAGUGUCGACUCCUUCGCCGUCUGGCCGGGUUCACGCUUUGACUCUGAAGCCGCCGCGCCGCGCGCCGUCUCUUCGUUGCGGUCGUCCCUUCUUCCGUGCCGGCGUUCGCUAAAAAUUGGCCGCCGUGAGCCGGCGCGGAGGUCGCGAGGCCGAGGGGACGUUGUCCCGUCGCGAAUGACCGCGGGGGCUGCGUGGGAGAAGCGUCGGCGGCGCUUUGCGGCUCGGAACGCCUCGCCCCUCAGGAGGGGUCCGUGCGUGUGCGUGUGUUUGUGAGCGACUGACAUUCUGCGCGCGAGAGGUUGGGGCGCUUUGCCCCGCGUUGAGAUAUAAACGUUGUUGGACUUGAGGCCGGGCUAGGGUCAAAUUGUCUGUUUGUGAAGAAUUUAAACAAAAAAGAAC